GUCGGCCUACUAUUUUUCUUUUUUUUUUUUUUAAAUAAAUAUAAUGAGGCCUCCAAUCACAGGAAACUUUCCUCCUAUCUGUCUCUCUCCCUCACAAUAAUAUCCAAAAUUGCAUUAGUCUGUUUUCGGAGAGAGCAGCCUUGGAUCCAAUCAGUGAUUCGAAAACAAACUUGACAUUUCUAUAGAACAAGAAAAAAGAAAUUGCCCUCUGGUCCAGAUCAACAAGUUUCAAAAUAUUAUGCGGUGAAUUAAAAAAUUUCUUCAUAUAAAAAAGUGCAAAGUGAAAUGAAAAACAAUUUGGAAUUAGUAAUCCAUAAAUAAUUUGCCUUUCCCUGGAGAAUUACUACAAGUUACAAUAUAAUCUGAAAUAGAAAGAAUAUUUUAUUUAUGAAAUGGAAGAUCAAGGAUUUUUUAAAAAUAAACGAGAAAAAUGGCCUCGGCAGGAAUGUCACCGACAGAGGACGACGAAUUGACUCUUCCUCGUGCAGCGAUAAAUAAAAUGAUAAAAGAAAUCCUUCCCCACGUUCGUGUGGCAAAUGAAUCACGUGAAUUGAUUCUCAAUUGUUGUACAGAAUUUAUACAUUUAUUAUCAUCAGAAGCAAAUGAAAUUUGUAAUCAACACCAGAAAAAAACAAUUAACGCUGAACAUAUUUUACAAGCAUUGCACAAUCUUGGUUUUGGUGAUUAUAGUGCAGAAGCUGAGGCAGUUUUACGUGAUUGUAAAGCCGUUGCCGCAAAAAGAAGAAGACAAAGUACAAGACUGGAAAAUUUGGGUAUUCCAGAAGAGGAAUUACUUCGUCAACAACAGGAACUUUUUGCAAAAGCAAGAGAAGAACAAGCAGUAGCUGAACAACAGCAAUGGCAACAAUUGCAAGCUGUAGCUCAAAUGGCAUCAAUGCAACAAAUUAAAACCGAAGAAGACGAUUAUUCGUAAAAAAAAUAGAAUCCGAAAAAUAAAUGACAAAUUUGAAAACUCCCGUCAAUUUUGUGAGACAUUAAUGAACUGCAGUUUAUAAUAUCUAUAAUUAUAAGAAUAAGGAGAAUUUAAGUUAAACGAAGUGUACAAUGACAAAUUUAAGUUUAUAAUAAAAAAAUAAAUACAAUGUGAUACAAA